UUAAAACCGAUAGCAAUGGGCACACGAGCCGCGGCCUUUACGGCCAAAAUUCGUAAUCUUCAAGAAUUUCACACCAGAAUUGUUAACAAUGUAUUUCCAAUUCCUUCGGGAACUGAUAUUUGCAAUACUCUUAAGUAUUUCUCUCAACUACUUCUUGGUGUACUUCGUGAUGUGCCUCCCAUUCCUAUAGAGCUGAUCCGAAAUCAUGACAAGGAUCACGUGCGGACCUCAAUGUUUCCUAGUCUUGACUAUAAGAACCUGUAUUACGUUAUCGUACAGUUUCUUGAGAUUUUGCCACAAAUACAGACAGGAAUGCAAAUGGUCGGCCAAACAAUUUUGCAUACAAUGGGCUGUUUAGUGCCAUUUCUUGAACACGAGUACAUGGAUUCGCUUCCAUAUAUAGUGGCCUCUGCUAUGGCAGUACUUCCGCCUAUUUUACAUAAAGAGCUUCUGGAUAUGCUUUGCUAUAAUUUACUUCCCUUUACAAUCGAUGAGAAAUGUGACCUGGAUAAUUUGAAUUAUGGAAAUAUGUCGAUACCAUCAAUAGUGAUGAUUGUAUUGAAUUAUGCCGACAACCCAUCAUUUCAUACUCAGCUCUUGGAGUGUUUGAUGCGAUUGAAGUACGAUGUGUCCAAAGAUCUGCUCUGUGUUAUAGCCUAUGGUACAGCCAAAGCCCGAUGCGCUGCAGUGGAACUGUUGUUCUUGUAUUGGCCGCACUUGAAUCCAAGUGCGUUGGAUAGGAAAGCUCUGUCUGAAAAGCACGUCAGUUGGACACCACUCACCUGUCAAUAUGAGAAAUGUCAAAACAAUUUGAGUAAUGAAGCGGUCAAGUUGUGUGUCGACCACACUGUAGUCAUCGGUUCAGUCGAGAGACCGGUUCCGCUACUCAUAUGCAUUGAAUGUACGGAUCAGAUAUAUAGAGGGAAAAGUAGAGAUAUUUUGCUUAACAUAUUGUUGCCAAUGGAAGAGAUAUCAUAUAAUUGUGAGAACAAGACAUGUAAAUCACCGCACUCUCAGAAGACAGCCGUUGCCACAUGUUUUGCCAUUGAAUGUACUAAUUAUAACUGCAAUAAACCCAUCAGAUAUUGUAAGCAAUGCAAUGAUGAGAAGCAUUCCAUCCUUGAAGACUCCAAUCAUAUCGUUCACACCAGUAUACCGUCCCCAUGGGAUCUGGACAGUGAAACCCAAACUUAUUUAGUUGAAGCUAUUGUCAGCUUAUUAAAAGAGGCCCAACCGGACAAACCAUCUAAAGAUAGCGAACGCCAUUCAAGAAUUGGAUUUCAAGUGUCCGACGAUAAUCAGGAGACUACUAUUGAGGAACGACAGCUCUUAAGUAGAUAUGGUGUAUGGCUUUUGGUGGGUUUGUGCACAUCAAAUGAAAAAACACCAGAACCCACAUUGGGUCGUAUGUUAAGUAUGUUGUGUCAAUGGUUUCAUUACACCGCCUGUUUACCCGAUGAUCAGGCGAGUAGUGCUCUCGAGAGACUAAAAGGCGAAUGUAUUCACGGGUGGCUCAUGAAGAUUAUUAAAACUCAUUUCAAUAGUUUCACUUCUUGUCUUUUACCUCAUCCUAUGGAUUACGCAAGACUUGGAGGUCAUUGGGAGUAUUGGCCGUCACAGACCAACCAAAUCAAAGAAGGCUUCAAACGACUGCUUUGUCUCGUGCCUUACGAUAUCAUAACAGCCGACGUUUGGGGACAUAUAAUGCCCUUUUGGAUGGAAUGUUUCCGACACGAUGUCCCUGAAGAGGAAUUGUCUGAAUUGAAGAUUUUGUUAAGCAAAGUAUUAGAUCCCGAUUUAUCACCUCUUGGUUUGCAACCAAAACAAAUGUAUCAUUUUAUAAGUAUAAGAUUUGAAAAUACAACGGCUUCAAUACAGGAACAGGCGCUCAGUUGGCUUCAGAUUUUAACAAUGCUUGAAGUACCAGUGCCUUUGAAUUUGUUAAAUACAAUGUUUUCAACUGGAGUUAAGUCAAUGUCGGAUCCAAAUAUAGAUACUAUCUGUACGGUCAACAAAAUCAGUUCGGAUCCCAAUUCUACUGUUAUGACAAAGUCAGCCACUCGUCUUCAAGUUAACGACAUUCCCGUCAACGAACAAGAGAUGAAUCUCACGGCAUAUAUCUUAAUGCUUGACAUUUUGGUCAAACAGUUUGAGUUACAAGAAGUCAACACUCACAAGGGCUUAGAAACUAAAGAAGCGAUUCAAGUAUUGAAACUUAUUUUAGACAUUCUUCACGCGCCAUGGAUUGGCACACAUACCUGUCGAGAGACCCCAGUGGACAUCAAUGGAGAUGAAGACAUACAACAGUGUCUAUACUGCGAAAUGUGUGCCAUUUGGUAUCAGCUGACACUUUAUAUGGUUGAAUACAUUUGUCCUGUAAUGGAGGUAACGAUGGCAGACAUUCCCGGCGAUAAUUCCUUGAAACAGAACAUUCCAUCGCAUGAAAAGGUCUCGAAGACAGACUCCGUCAGCUCAACAAAAGAGACGUCGAAAACAAGUUCGGCAACAAUUGAAACAAAAAUCACCAAUAAUUUGAUUGCAACGCAACAAGAAUUUAAUUCUACUUCUAGCGAUAUCAAUCAAUCGACAUUAAAAGCUGCCACUAUUAUAGACAUCGAAGAAGACCCUGGAACAAUUGUGCCAUUAGUACCUGUAGAGACAGGAAUAGCCCGUUCGGUGAUAGUUACUGAAGAGGAUGUGGGAUCAGCCAAAUGUAUUAUUACAUCAACACCACAAAUCUUAGAUGAAGACAACGACUCAGUAUUUGAUAAAAAAUUUGAUGAUUUGAGUAAAUACUUCUGGGAAACAUCUUAUGGAAAGUUUAAGUUUACAAUAGAAGAGCUACCACUACAAGAACAGUUAGUAUAUAAUUUUCUCAAAGAAGUCAGUGUUUACAACGAUGCCGACGUCUUAUAUCACUURUUAUAUUGUAUAAAACUAAUGUGUCUGCACUCGGAAGUGCUCAAUAGAGCGGCCAAAAAUCAUAGGGGUUUUCUCAUCUGGUGUCAGGAAAACCUAUUAAUACCUAAUCUCUGGAAUCUUUUGCAGUCCGAGUUCUCGCAGAUAUCACAACUCUGUGUUCCACUUAUACUCCAUUGUAUAACACUUCCGGCGGGAAGUACUAUGUUUUACAAAGUAGUCGAACAAGACUUCCAAAAUCACAACGACUGGAGGGCCCGUUUUGCCGCCGUUGAACGGGUCACCACUAUUGCACAUUUUGUCGAACCGGCCACUGUUAAGAAUAGUCCAUUACUUCAGGGAUCAUUGGCCACCGCUUUCUGUUAUUUAGUUCAUUGUUUAGAUGAUAUUGAGGCCAGUGUUGCACAAAGAGCUUUACUUAAUCUUGAAAUGAUUAAGACAUCAUCACUCAAGCUAUUGCUUUGGUGUCUUGAAGUACAAUUUGAUUUGGUUAUUGUUGACCGACCAAUGAUAUUGACCACAAUUUUUCAACUCUACAACCAUUUAAAUGAUCGCCGCUUUCUUUCGUGGGAUUUCUUUCUCAAUCGAUUCGAUGCACUCUUCUUGGAGUCACAAAUCAGUUUAGAGCGAAGCGGAGAAAUCACUCAAACCAGAGAUCUCAGGAAUACUAACCAAAACUCAGAAACUUAUCAAAAGAAGUUAAUCCGAGCUCAAGAGGCUUUGGCACAAACCCAUGUCUGCCGUUCCCUUUCUAAUAACAUUGGUCGUAAACAAUCAUAUAAGAGGACACUAUCGACGCCAGCACCCAGUUAUGUCCAAAAAUUUGAAAAGGAUAAACUUUUCGGACGCCAGACAUCGACACCGGCUAUAAACCGAAAAAGUUCAAAAUUGGCUGCACUUACCGGUUCUACAAUUACUCAUUUUCCUAAUAGUUUUUUUCACGAUAACCAACUUAAAGAAGUAGCUCAAGAGGAAAGCCAUAUAUUGAAUGUAAUUCAUAAGAUGUUUGAAAUCGAUGACAACGAUAAAGACACCAUUCAUUUGUUGAUAUUCUUAUUAAUGCAAUUCCUGUCCCGACCCGACCCCUCACAUCCUAUCGAUGAGAAGUCUAUGACACGAAGUCAUCUCAUAGUUUUACGUCAYCUAAACAUACUGAUGGGCUAUAGUCCAGCGGAAAAAACAUUUCUUGUCUCUCCUAACAAUUUAAGAGGACUUCCCGUAUUUAACGCAUUCAUCACUUCAAUGCCCAAAGUGUUGGACUUUAACUUAAAAAUGGGAAACAUUUUGCUCAGCAUUUGUCUUCCUCUGUUAGUUUACUGUCCAUCUCCUCAGCGAUACAUUCACGACGGAAAUCAUUUGCCAGUCUAUUCCUUAUGGCUUCUUAAGCCACAUGUGCGCCAAUCGUGGUUAACAUCACUUAACAUUAUACUAUACAAACAUUCAUACAAUUCACAGUCAACUUUAAAACAGAUUCAAAUGUUGAUCCAAAUUGUGAUGAAUACAUUAGAGGCUCAAUUUCAUAGAUGUCGUCCACUUAAUGAACACAUGCAAAGUCCUAUUCCUUCGAGAUCUAGAGACUUAAGUACAGCUUCUGUAGAUUUGGAACUAAUUCAAGAACAGGAACAAAGUAUUGAUUCUCAGACUGAAGACAAUGACACUGUUUCGCCAAAACUCAAUGAAACUAUGAGUGCAUUUUCAAGUGAUGCCGAUGAAGAAGUAGAUAAAGAAGUGGAAGCGGUCACUGGUAAUGAUAAUAAUGAUAAUAAUAGUCUUAAAGACAGUGAUAAUGAAAUGAUAAAUAACUUGGAAAAGUCAUCAGCAUAUCACCCACCAGUGCAACGAUUAAGUGGACAAUUAAGCAAAGAGUCAUCAAAAUUAAAUAGACCUAAAAUGCAAAGAAUGGAAGCAAUCGAUGGAUCAUUAAAGUUGAAGAAGAAUUUUAAAACAAACGAAGUGACACAAGAAAUACAGAUAAAGCCAAAAGAAAUUGAUAUUCAGUCCCAUAAUUACGUAACUCGUAUAUUAAGCGCCGACGAUAGACUGGCCACACAAAGUGGUCAUAAAGUAUUGCGAAACAUUAAUAGCAGUAAUAGUGUCGAUUCAAAGGUAUCAAAGGCCACGUGGACUAUUGAGAUACACUCUCCCGUCAAACUACAACCGGUUAAACCUCCCCAAGAAAGACUACUUCCUAUUGGACUCACGAGUAAAGAUAUGCGGACAUCCAAAGAACCGCAUUAUGAGAAAUCAUUUUUUGGUGAUUUUGAUACCAAAGGUGUUCAAACAUUUAAACAAUUAAUUGUCAAUGAAGGGGAUAUGCAUUAUCCAGUUUGUGAGAGAUUGUUGCCAAUCGGACCGACGCCUCCUUUUAUCCGAAAGGAUACUUCGAGCCCAUUGCCUGUAAGUCAACCCAAACGAUCUGCAAUAUCUCAACCAAACCAAACAUUUAGUCCUCCGAUAAAAGUGGAACCGUUGGUAACUAAUAGUCAGUUAAGCAAUACCCCUACAAGUGCUUCAAAUAUUUCCAGUGCAACGACAUAUGCAAUGAAUACCACAUUAAUUGCAUCUCAAAUAAGUUUAGACACAAAACAACAGUGUAUUUCAUCCGUAAGUGAAACCGUUGAUAAUACAGAAGUCAAAGUAAAGUCUCUAAACUCUCCAAUUAUGGUGGGUUUGGCCAAAGUAAUCAAAGUAGGAGAAGCUGCGGAAGUGACUUCCAAUGUGUCGCCUAAGAGUGAUUCCGUCUCCAAAUCAAACAGUGAUAUGAGUAAUAAUUUUAGUAAACGUGACACUGAAGCGGACUUAAUUGAAUCAAAGGAGACAACUCUUGACAUUGUUGUCGGAGAAAUAAAUUCUUCCGUUACAAUCAAUAACAAUACCGGAUCUAAUAAACAGGAAGAAAGUUUGCCACAAAAAAUAACUCAAUCACAGCUAUUGAGUCAAACAUCUGAAGAACAAAAACCUCUUAGACAAUACAGACAAAGAAAGGCCAGAAAAGUGGGAUCAAUAGCUAGUGAUGUCCAGCGAUCUAUUGAGAGCCGUGGAGGUAGUGUAGCCGAUAAGGUCUCCCGAAGGACUGCUCGCUCUAAUACAAAGCGCACCACAACUUUGCCAUCCAAUACAAACACCACUUUCUCGCCUGAAGACAUCGUUUACGAACGAUGUACUCGUUGUGGACAUGUGUUGGAACAAUUCAAUGAAGAAGAGAUUGGUUUAUGUAUUAUUAUUUUGGGUACUUAUGUUCAUCGAGAGCCCAGUUUGGCGGCGCCUAUACUUCCGGAAGUAUUAAAAUUAGUCUCAAAAUAUGCUGGCCUUACAUCUUAUCAUUGGCAAAAUGAAAGUAACAUCCAUUUGCCCGGAAGUACUGCAUCCAUAGCCCGACAGUUCAUACGCUGCACAUUACAUCAGUUGGCACCCAAUGGUAUAUUUAAACAAUUGUUUUACGCACAGUUUGCCAAUCCAGCAUUUUUUAAGAGCAUUGCAUUAGCGCUCUCCGACUUCGUUGAUCUCAAUCAGGUCUCYCCUCUCGUUGAGCUCUUUCAGAAUCUGAAUGAAAGAAAACAUUUGCCGCAAAUAUCAGAGAUGAUGCAUAUGUUGGGUAAUGUCGCCACAUAUCUUGAGUGUAUGUCAUUGGAAACGCCAUCCCAACAGCCCUGGGCUUUAUUUCUGCCACAAUUAGAGAUGUUUUUGAGAAAAUUAUUGUUUUUAUUGCCGGAAUCGGGAGUUCUUAAUUUAACACCGAUUAUGAGAAUUAUGUUAUCAACUAUAAAGUUGCCGAUAAUUAAUGCCUACAAAACAAUUUUAGAUCCAUUUUCCAAAGUGCUGUCUCAUAUCAUACAACAAUCACCUCUUCUUUACGAACAAUUACUUGAAUUAAGUAGUCUCUGUUGUCGUAACUUUCCCCGUGAAAGGGAUCGCUUUUUGCUGACCAGGACAGUGGUGUGCGAGUUGGUCCAGGCGGUCAAGUUUCGCUCAAUGAUUCCCGACGAGAAUCUUAUGAUAUUAGUUCAGUUCCUACUACAGGAUGGGUCGGGCACUCUAACACCAUCUGUCAUUGUGGAGAAUCUACGGAUGAAUAGCACACCAGAAAUCGAGAGCUUCAAUACAAAUGCCUUUGAAUGCAUGCGACCCAAUGUUAUGGAUCUACUAGAGUUUGUCACUGAUGUACAUACAAUAUCCAGAGUUAAGAGUAACAUUUUGGGAACUUCUAUACACCUCAAUGAAGAGACACUGGGAGGACAUUUGAAAGCAGGAAUUUCACAGUAUUUAGCGCUUGAAAUGACAAAAAAUAAUGGCAGUGAUCACCGGGCAAUAACCAAAUACCUUCCCUGGCUAUACAGUCUGCCAUCACUACAACAGGGUCCCAAAGAGUUUAUCGAUUGUGUGGCACAUAUUCGGUCACUUUCAUGGCUAUUGUUAGGAUCAUUACAGCACUCGGCACUACUCCAUAAUAACGCCACAUUCCUGUGCCAACCCAUACCAUUGGAGGCAAACACGCACAUUGCAGAGCAUAUUCAGGUGAUUUUAGCCGGUUUUGCUGAACAAUCCAAGACAUCAGUAUUACAUAUGUCAUCCUUGUUUCACGCGUUCAUAUUAUGCCAAUUGUGGACAAUGUAUUGCGAGAACAUCUCUGGUCAGAACCCUCCCGGAAGCGAUCAGUACCAUCAGUGCACACUCACACUGUCUGAUUUCUGGGCCAAAAUCACCCCGGGCAUUUUACAACUCAUCUGUCAUUCAAAAGUGGAGGGACUCUAUCAGUUGGCAGAGACAGUCAGUUUGCAUUUUUUGAAUUUAAUGGAAACACUGAUGGAGUGCAACUCAACGAUGUUAUCAAGAUUACUUCCACUUUGGACGCCUGUUUUCAAUAGCUAUAAAGGCCAAUUAUCGGGCAAUACUCAGGUGCGACUUCAAUCUGUAAUCAAUUGGCAGUGUCCGCCACAGACCAGGGAUGACGCGGCCAUGACUUGUAGUACAUUAAUCCGAUGGCUGCAGAGGAUGCAGACAAAAAUGAGUCAAAUUGAGAUGCAAUCUUCGGCCGCCAUUCACUUUUAUUGUAUAUAA